AUGGCUUCUUCUUCUUCUGGUUCUUCCUGGACUUACGACUUGUUCUUGAGUUUUAGAGGCGAAGACACCCGUGACGGUUUUACUUCUGAGCUUUAUAGCGCUCUAGGGCGGUCAGGGAUCCAUGCUUUCAUGGACGAUGAAGGAGUUGAGAGGGGAGAAGAGAUCUCUGCCUCACUAUUGCAAGCAAUUGAACGAUCACGAAUUGCGUUGGUAAUUUUGUCUCCAGAUUAUGCAUCUUCCAGAUGGUGUCUGGAUGAACUGGUGAACAUAAUGGAGUGUCGAAGAUCUGCAGCUCAGGUGGUUAUUCCCAUAUUCUAUAACACAGAUCCGUCUCAUGUUCGUAAACAGACAGGUACAUAUGGUGGAGCGAUGAAACGACACGAGCAAAGGUUGGGAGGGGGCGGUGAUCGCCGGGUGCUGCGGUGGAGGCAGGCACUCACGGAAAUCAGCAACCUUUCCGGGUUUGAUUCCGGAACAUUUCGGUCUGAAGUUGAGCUGAUUGAUACCAUUGUGAAGGAUGUUUUAGAGAAAGUAGAUGCUGGACAAUUGUUUGUUGCUGAGCAUCCAGUGGGAAUAGAGUCUCGAGUUCAGCAACUGGCAAGUAAAUUGUCAAAAAAGAGAUUUAGAAAAGUUCAUAUUAUCGGCCUCUGGGGGAUGGGAGGCGUUGGUAAAACUACUGUUGCCAAAGCCUUUUACAAUACAAUUGGUCAUACGUUUAGAAGAGCAAGAAGUUUUCUUGCGAAGAUAAGAGAAAAUUCAAAGCAUUCUAAUGACGUAGUUAAUUUGCAAAAGCAACUCAUUUCUGAUAUCAUUAAUACAGAAGUUUUCAAGGUACCUAAUAUUGAUAGAGGGAAAAGAAUAAUUCAAGAAAGAUUUCCCAACAUAAAAGCAUUUGUUGUAUUGGAUGAUGUGGAUAGUGUCAAUCAGCUGAAUACAUUAUGUGGAAGUCUUGAAUGGUUUUGUCCUGAGAGUAUAAUAGUCAUAACAACUAGAGAUCUCCAUCUGCUUAGUGUCAUUAGAGCUGACUACAAGUAUAGAAUGAGAACGAUGGAUGAAAUUGAGUCACUCGAGCUUUUUAGUUGGCAUGCUUUUAAGCAAGAAGCUCCCCUUGAAAACUUCAUAGAACUUUCUAAAAAUGUAGUUGCUUACUGUGGUGGACUUCCUCUAGCUCUUGAAGUGCUUGGUUCUUAUUUGUUUGACAGAAAAAUUGAAGAAUGGGAGGAUGUCUUGUCCAAAUUAGAAAGGAUUCCGAAUGAUGAGAUACAAGCAAAGUUAAAAAUAAGUUUUGAUGGUUUAAAGGAUGAUAUGGAGAAGAAUAUAUUUCUUGAUAUUUGUUGCUUCUUUUUCAAUAAGGAUAGAAACUAUGCCACGCACAUAUUAAAUGGAUGUGGAUUUAAUGCAAAAAUAGGUAUAACAACUCUCAUUGAGCGAAGCCUGAUAAAUGUUAAUAGGAACAACAACAAGCUUGAAAUGCAUGACUUAUUACGUGAUAUGGGAAGAGAAAUCAUUUGUGGAAACCCACGAAAGGACCCUGAGGAUCGCAGUAGAUUGUGGUUUCAAGAGGAUGUAACUGAAGUGUUAAUGCAAAAUACAGGAACAAAAGUUAUUGAGGGCAUAUCCCUGAAAAAGCCCCAUGAAGUGUGUGAGAUUGAUUCUGAGGCAUUCAAGGCAAUGAGAAAACUCAGAUUGCUCCAACUAGAGUAUGUAAAUCUUGAAGGAGAUUAUAGGCAUCUUUCAAAUAAGCUAAGGUGGCUUUGUUGGCGUGGAUUUCCUUUAAAAUCCAUACCUGACAGCUUGUACCAGAAAAACUUAGUUGCUAUUGACUUUAGAUACAGCAAGCUCAGGCUAGUUUGGAAGAAACCCCAAGUAUCAAUUUGUCCUUCCCCCCUUUUUAAAUGCUUUAAGCUGUCAAUAUUAUAAUUUGGCUAAUUUUUCACAUGGAA